UUUAAAAUACAAAUGGUGAACCACAGGGUGGCACCGUUGAGUCGGACUGGCUAUCAAACGAAGAAGACGGUAAGAAAAAUGGCGGAUAGGCUAACGCAGUUACAAGAUGCUGUCAAUUCGCUUGCAGAUCAGUUUUGUAACGCAAUCGGGGUUCUGCAACAGUGUGCUCCGCCUGCCUCGUUCAGUAAUAUUCAGACAUCGAUCAACAACGAACAGCCUGCAAACCAAACUGAAGAAUAUGCACAGCUGUUUGCAGCCCUCAUUGCCAGGACGGCCAGAGAUGUGGACGUGCUCAUCGACUCUUUGCCGAGCGAGGAGUCCACAGCAGCUCUGCAGGCGGCCAGUCUGCGACAACUGGAGGAGGAGAACCACGAGGCUGCCGUCCGUCUGAAAGAGGUGGUUACCCGAGGUGACAUGCUGCUGGAGAAGAUCCAGAGCGCCCUGGCUGACAUUGCCCAGUCUCAGCUCCGCACCCGCAACGGCGCACCCAGCCAGACUUCGCCUGCCGAAUCCUGACCUGCUCAAAACGGCCUUGUUUCAAAUAUUACUGACCUUAUUUAUAACAUUCAGCUGCAAGCCUCCAACCUCAUGCUGGAGCAAUCUGUCGGGUGAAAAAAAAAAGCCAUAUUUGAUCACUUCACACAGGUAGACUAACUCAAAUGUUUACUUGAGGGGGA